AUGCAUGUCGUUUGGGAUAUAUCUGUGAUUGUGCAAACAUAUAUCAUCUGCACGUCUUCAGCUCAGCCUAUUAUAUCCAAGCUUAAUGACGGUUGGUGGGCGUACAAGGAUGUUGUCCAGGGAAGCUUUGUUCCAGUCCCAUCCUUCUGGGGUCUGGUGAACUCAGCCUGGAACCUGUGCGCCAUAGGGAAGAGGCAGUCGCCCAUCGACAUCGAGACCAGCCACAUGAUCUUUGACCCCUACCUGAACCCUCUGAGGCUCAACACAGGAGGACGCAGGAUGGGAGGCACCAUGUACAACACAGGGAAGCACGUCUCCCUGAGGCCAGACAAAGCCCACCUGGUGAACAUCUCAGGCGGUCCGCUGGGUUACAGCUACAGGCUGGAGGAAGUCCGCCUCCACUUCGGGAGUGAAGACUCCCAGGGUUCAGAGCACCUCCUCAACGGACAGGGCUUUCCUGGAGAGGUCCAGCUGAUCCAUUACAACCAGGACCUGUAUGCCAAUUACACCGAGGCAGCUAAGAGCCCUCAUGGCAUCGCUGUGGUCUCCAUCUUCAUAAAGCUCUCUGAAAACUCCAACGCCUUCCUCAACCGCAUGCUCAAUAGAGACACCAUCACCAGAAUCAACUACAAACAUGAUGCGUUCCUAUUGAUGGGUCUAAACAUAGCCGACCUUUACCCAGACACCACGCGCUACAUCACCUACGAGGGCUCCAUCACCAUCCCUCCCUGCUACGAGACGUCCACGUGGAUCCUCAUCAACAAACCGGUCUACGUGACACAGAUGCAGAUGCACUCCCUGCGCCUCCUCAGCCAGAACGAGCCCUACAAGAUCUUCAUGAGUAUGAGCGACAACACCCGGCCCACCCAGCCCCUGUUGCAGCGCUGCAUCCGAACCAACAUCAACUUCAGCAAGCAGGGCCGCGACUGCCCAAACAACCGUGCCCUCCGCCCACAGUACAGAGUGAAUCAGUGGCUCCUGAAGUAG